GAAUGCUGAGCAGUGAACACACAAAAACCUUCCUGCGUGUUUAUGUUGUUUACUUAUUAACUCAACAAAAGACCUGCUGAGUAAAGAAUGAUAAUUAUAUUAAUUGGUCAGUAAUAACAAUUAAAUAAAAAGAUCAAAUAUGAAGCUUUACUGUUUAAGUAGUCAUCCAAAUAAGCCAUGCUAUAUAUUGAGGUUCAAAGAAAUCACUGUCAUGCUGGACUGCGGUUUGUCAGCGCAGACUGCGCUCAACUUCAUUCCGCUACCGCUUGUCCCGAGCUCCAGGCUCGCUAAUCUGCCCGGCUGGAUGCCGAGAGAUUCUGUCGAACCGCAUUUGGAAGGGGAGCUAAAGGAAUGCUGCGGAAGAGUUUUUGUCGACUCUUCGCCCGAAUUUUGCCCACCUCUCGCCAACAUGGUCGACUAUUCGGAAAUCGACAUCGUCCUAAUUUCAAACUAUUCAUCAAUGCUGGCCCUUCCUUUCAUCACAGAAAAGACAGGUUUCAAAGGCGUCGUCUACGCGACAGAGCCAACAUUACAGAUUGGAAAGCUAUUCUUAGAAGAACUUGUCGAAUACCUUGAACAAACACCAAAAAGAAAUCAAGCAAAGUACUGGAAAGAGGUUUUGCAUUUACUUCCUAGUCCUCUGUGCGAUAGUUUCCGACCAAGAAGCUGGAAACGGCUUUACUCGCUUGCUAAAGUCAAAUCAAGUCUAUCAAGGAUAAAAGUUGUCGGAUAUGAUGAAAAGCUGGAUGUUUAUGGUGCACUUAAAGUAACUGCUGUUAGCUCGGGCUAUUGCUUAGGAAGCAGCAAUUGGGUGAUUAGCUCAGAUUACGAAAAAGUGGCUUAUGUCAGUGGCUCCUCUACGUUAACAACUCACCCUAGACCUAUGGAUCAGUCAGUUCUUAAAAACAGCAACGUGUUGAUUCUCACAGGCCUGACGCAAACGCCUACUUCUAACCCUGAUUCGAUGCUCGGCGAAUUAUGCGUAGCAGUUGCAAUGACUCUAAGAGCAAAUGGGUGCGUUUUGAUCCCUUGCUAUCCUUCCGGAGUCGUUUAUGACAUAUUCGAAUGCCUUUCGUCAUAUCUCGACAAUACAAACUUGGCGACGAUACCAAUGUUUUUCAUUUCGCCUGUUGCUGACAUGUCACUCGGGUACUCGAACAUUUUGGCAGAGUGGUUGUCCAAUACGAAACAGAGCAAGGUUUAUCUGCCGGAAGAACCUUUUCCCCAUGGAUACUUGGUGAAGAUGGGAAGGCUGAAACAUUACAAAAGAAUUUACUCCGAAGGAUUUAGCACAGACUUUAGACAACCUUGUAUUGUUUUCUGUGGGCAUCCCAGUUUGAGAUUCGGCGAUGCUGUCCACUUUAUUGAGCAGUGGGGCUCCAAUCCACUCCAUACCGUUAUUUUUACAGAGCCCGAUUUUCCAUACUUGGAUGCUUUGGCACCAUUCCAGCCUCUUGCUAUGAAAGCUGUGCACUGUCCUAUAGACACAAGUCUUAAUUUUACCCAGGCAAACAAGUUGAUACGAGAAUUGAAACCAGGUACUUUGGUUGUGCCACAAGCUUACACUCAGCCACCUCCAGCUCAUGCACACCGAUCCGAACUGGCUAUUGACCAAGAAAGUCGAUAUGUUAUUUCAAUCACAAGAGGGGAAGUGGUUUCAUUGGCCGUUAAAAGGCACACAGCGAAAGUCAGCUUGUGUCCAACUUUAGCCGAUAAAAUUUUGAGCUCCGAAGUCCGUCCUGGGAUAACCCUGGCGACAAUAACGGCAGCGUUGCAUGUCAAAGACAACCAGCACAAUAUUACUGAACUGCCGGAAGAGCCGACUUCAAAGAAGAGGAAGCUUGCCUUGAAGUGUGAAGAGGCUUUGAAAUCGCCGAGGUACGAAUGGGGGACGCUCGACGUAGAAAACUUCAUCAAAAGGUUGAAACAGGAAGGAAUCAACGACACAAAAGUGGAACACAAUAUGGGAGGAUAUAUCAUACAUUUGCAAGAAGAAGAUACAGUCAUUCAAAUUGAAGAUUCAAACACUCAUAUAUACUGUGAAGCGAAUGAUCUCUCGCUAAGGCAAAAAUUAAGAACGAUCUUAAUGCAGUGUUUAAAUUCUUUUUAAUUAAUGUAUUAUGUAUUUAAAUAAAUUAAUAUAGAUGUUAUUGUAUAUUGUAAAAAUGUCAUGUUUUUCUUUUAGCUUGCUCCAAGUUAUUGUGAUAAAUAUAUAGUCAUUUUUUAUUUUAAA